AAGGAGGAACGAAUGAAGUGCUCAUAUUGUCAGAAACCUGGACAUGAUUAUGAUAACUGUUUCAGGAGAACCGGGAAUUACCCGGACUGGUGGCAUGAGAAUCCGGGUCGUGCGCGAGGAGGAAAAGGACGUGGAGGCCCCAAUCGCGGAGGGACUGGACGUGGAGGCUCAGGCAGAGGUUAUGGACGAGGAAUUGCUCAUGCCAUGCAUAUGGGCGAGGUCCAGGGAGAUGCUGCACCUGCACAAGGAACGAAGGAAACAACCAUGCAUGCACCAGGAUUCUCAAACGAACAGUGGCAGACUUUUCUCAAAAUAAUGGAAAGUUGUAAGAAUUCCUCCUCCUCCUCGGGGGAAAAACUUUCAGGACCUACCUACGAGGAUGCCGAUUGGAGUGGGUGAACGACGAGGGGGAGUUUAUUUUUUCCGGGGACUGGACCAAGCACAGGCAUAUGCGGUGGGAAGUUCAGACUCUGGUGAUUUGUGGCACUCAAGGUUGGGUCAUCCGUCACUGAAAGUACUACGGUCACUUGGUUAUUUAAAUAAAGUGUUGUUGAAUUCUGUUCAAAAUAAAGUUUGUGAUGCAUGUAUGAGAGGCAAGCAAACACGUGAUAGUUUUAUUGUUAGUAGUGGUAGAGCCGUUGAACCUUUUGAGUUAAUACACUGUGAUAUUUGGGGACCUUAUCGUGUUAAGUCUACUUGUGGUGCUCGAUAUUUUUUGACUGUGGUGGAUGAUUUUUCUAGAGCUGUUUGGGUACAUUUGAUGCGAGACAAGGGUGAAGUCAAAAUUAUUCUUAAACAAUUCCUGGCCAUGACUAAUCGACAGUUUAAUAAAAAUGUGAAAGUAGUGAGAAGUGAUAAUGGAAAGGAAUUUGUUAGUCUACAGGACUAUUUCUUGACUAACGGCAUCAUUUUUCAGACCAGUUGUGUAUACACCCCUCAACAGAAUGGUAGGGUUGAAAGAAAACAUAGACAUAUUUUGGAAAUGGCUAGAACUCUCCGGUUUCAUGCAAACUUGCCCAUUGAGUUUUGGGGUGAGUGUGUGUUGACGGCGGGAUAUUUAAUAAAUCGUUUGCCCUCCCCCGUAAUAGAUAAUAAAAGUCCUUAUGAAUUGUUGUAUAACAAAAUACCAAUUUAUAGCCAAUUGCGGGUGUUUGGUUGUCUUUGCUACGCACAUGAGCCAAACAAUGGAGGAGAUAAAUUUGGACCUCGUGGUGUGAGGUGUGUUUUUUGGGAUAUUCCUACUCACAAAAGGGCUGGAAGGUUUUUGAUUUACAGAAUCGGCGACACUUUGUCUCACGUGACGUAAAAUUUGUUGAACAUGAAUUUCCCUUUAAGUCAAGGGAACCUCCUUUGGAUUCUGACAAUCAUGCAGGGAAUGACAUGCGUACAUGGGAGCACUAUGUACGUGCCACUGAUGAGAAAACAACACUCCACACGUGUGAGGAGUCUGACAUGUCUCAUGAACAUGCACGGACGGACAGAAGAGGAGUCUUUGACUCCACAAAUAUGGAGGAUGAGGAAGGCAUGGAGACACGGACAUCUGCUGGGCACGACAUGGAGACUACGUCUGACAACGGCAUGGACAGUACUAUUCCCUCUCCUGAUCAUGAUCAGCUUCGCCGAAGUGCACGUCCGCGCAGGGUUCCGACGUGGCACCAAGAUUAUGAUGUUCAGUUAAACACGGUUAAAAUAAACUCUUCCCCCGUUUGCACAUCAACUCUUACGGCAGAUUCAGGUAAUCCUUAUUCACUAUCUCAUUAUAUAAAAUAUGAUCACUUUUCGGUCGCGCACCGAGCUUUUCUUGCAGCUAUUACAUUGAACAAGGAGCCCAGUACCUUUGGAGAAGCUGUCCGCGAUCCUCGUUGGAGAGAGGCAAUGAGUCGUGAGAUUCAGGCUCUUGAACGUACAGGUACAUGAAAGAUUCAGGAUUUACCACCCGGGAAAAGAGCUAUUUUUUGCAAGUGGGUGUACAAGAUCAAGUAUAAAAGUGAUGGGACAGUGGAGCGAUAUAAAGCGCGACUGGUUGUUUGCGGGAACCGCCAGGUGGAAGGCAUUGACUAUGGAGAGACAUUUGCACCUGUUGCUAAGAUGGUUACGGUGCGCACGGUUUUGGCGGUGGCAGCCUCAUGUCAUUGGGAGUUACAUCAGAUGGAUGUAGAUAAUGCCUUCCUUCAUGGAGAUCUUCGUGAAGAAGUAUACAUGCAUCUGCCGCCGGGGUAUUCUUCUUCAUCUCCCGGUAAGGUUUGUCACUUGCUUCGCUCUCUUUAUGGACUUCGGCAGGCGCCUAGAUGUUGGUUUUCUAAGCUCACUUCCUCCUUAUGUAACUAUGGUUUUAC